AUGCCUCCAAAAGCGCGUCAAAAUCCAGGAAACUCAGCUCAGCAAGAGGGCAGGAUUCUACUUGCUAUUUGUGCUUUAAAAAAGCAAGAAAUUCGCAGUAUCCGUGAAGCUGCGCGCGUUUUUCAUAUCUCUUUUGAAACGCUUCGUCGCCGACUUAAUGGAACAACUUCACGCUCAGAGAUACGCGCCAACGGCCAUAAAAUGACUCAAAAUGAAGAGGAAUCGCUUGUACAAUGGAUUCUAUCAUUAGAUCGACGUGGAGCCCCUCCCCGACCUUCGCAUAUACGAGAAAUGGCCAAUAUUCUACUUGCUCAACGCGGUACUACCCCAGUUCAAUCAGUCGGAGAGAAUUGGGUCACCAAAUUUAUUAAACGACAAGAUCGCUUGAAAACUCGCUAUACUCGACACUAUGAUUAUCGACGUGCUAAAUGCGAAGACCCUCAGAUUAUACAAGUGUGGUUUAACUGCGUACAAAUUACUAUAAUGCAACACGGGAUCGCGCAGGAAGAUAUCUACAAUUUUGACGAAACUGGCUUCGCUAUGGGCCUAGUAGCUACUGCACGAGUAGUUACUAGAGCUGACUACUAUGGAAAGGCCUCUCUUGUACAGCCAGGUAAUCGCGAAUGGGUUACUUCAAUCGAGUGUAUCAACUCUACUGGUUGGGCGCUUCCUCCAUGUGUGAUCUUUAAAGGGAAGGUCCAUAUAGAGGGUUGGUAUCAAGAUAUUAAGCUCCCACGCGAUAGCAGGAUUGAAGUUAGUCCUAAUGGAUGGACUACCGAUGAGAUAAGCCUUCGCUGGCUUAAAAAUCUCUUUAUUCCUGCUACUACUAGUCGUACAACUGGAAUAUAUCGGCUUCUUAUUCUCGACGGCCAUGGCAGCCAUCUUACGCCUCAGUUUGACCAAAUAUGCAGUGAGAAUAAUGUUAUUCCUAUCUGUAUGCCAGCUCAUUCUUCCCAUAAGCUUCAACCUUUGGGCGUGGGCUGCUUUGCGCCUUUAAAAAAGGCGUACGGGAGUUUAGUGGAACGGAAAGCACGCUUAGGAAUCAAUCAUAUUGAUAAACUUGAUUUCCUAAAGGCCUUUCCACAAGCUCGUGAACGCGCUUUUCAAGCAGAUACUAUUCGGAAUAGCUUCGCAGGCGCUGGCCUUAUUCCAUUUGAUCCGGAUAGGGUGUUCAAUCAGCUGAAUAUUCAACUAAAGACCCCCACACCACCAGGCAGCCGGUCAAUCAAUUCAGCGCCUAAGACACCGUACACUACGAGGCAGCUGGAGAAGCAGGCAUCUACUGUGAAGAAGCUUCUUAAAACGCGUAUGCAGAGCCCUUCAUCUUCGCUAGAGACGCGUAUAAAUAAGCUUAUUAAAAGUCAUGAAUUACAUCUUAAUGAGCUUAUUCUUGCACGCGAAGAAAUCCACGAAUUACGCGCUUCUCAUGAAAAGAAACUUCAAAAAAGGAAACACUCUACUAGGCAGCUAGCUAUUACAGAGGGAUCAGCUAUUCAGGAGGGCCUAGAGCGAUUUCAGCGCGAGAAUGAGGUUGAUGAAGCUCAAAAUACGCUUCCCCUAGAUCCUGCACUUUCUGCAGGCAGGCCACGCGUACGAGCGCCCCCGCGGUGUAGCGAUUGUCAUAUUCUAGGACAUAGGCGAUUACAAUGUCCUAAUCGAGUUCCUAAGUAG